AUGGUGCUACUCUUAAUGAAUGACAAACAUUUGGUUUUUCAGCGUAGACUUAAUGGAAAGACUGAUUUCUAUCGUGGUUGGAAUGAAUAUGAAAAUGGUUUUGGUGACCUUAAUGCGGAAUAUUGGUUAGGAAACGACAAGAUACAUCGUCUAACAUCAGGUGGCAAAUCUCUGCUGCGAAUUGAUUUAAGAGAUUUCAAAGGAAACACUGCAUAUGCAAAAUAUAAAUACUUUUCCAUUGGGGACUCAUCAAGUAAAUACAAAUUGACCGUCAGUCAUCACAGUGGAAAUGCAGGUGACAGCUUGUCCCAGCAUAACGGCAUGAUGUUCACUACAAAGGAUAACGACAAUGACAGAGCUUCCGUAAACUGCGCAACACUUUAUGGAAGUUGGUGGCAUGACAACUGUUAUCAUUCUAAUUUGAAUGGUCUGUUUAAAGGAGCGGGACCGUAUGGAAUAUCUUGGUACUACUGGGGAAAAUAUGGAAACAUUAAGACAUCAACAAUGAUGAUACGAAAGAGAACAUUGUAG